AUGAAAUCUCGAUGGUAUACAGGAGCUCUCUUGCUGGGGACAGCGAGGGCGAGAGACAUCAAGCAUCUCGAGUCUCUGUAUCGCGAAGGAACGACACCCGACACCGCUGUUAUUGGUGGGAGAGAAGUUGCGACUUUGUCGCAACCUCUGCCGCAAGGCCAGCCUAUUGACUCAUCUGGAUGGAAGCUUCAAUGUACCACGAUUAUGAGUGGUCACGACUGUGAUCAAACAAUCGAUAAUUCGACCGACACAUUCUGGCAGAGUGCGGCCAGCAGUGACGCCCAAAAUAUCACUGUUAACUUGGGACAAGAACGGACCGUGAAUGGGUUGACAAUGGUUCCCAGGCGAGAUAAUGAGGAGAAUCUCAUCUUAGAGCAUCAAAUCCUCCUCAGUACUGAUGGUGAAAACUGGAGUGAGGUCUCAUAUGGAACCUGGUGGAAGGACGACGCCAUGAAGCUCUCGGCGUUUCAGCCUAGAAAAGCCAACUACCUGCGUCUGUCUGCUGCUGCGGAGAAUGGUAUUGCCAUUGCGGAUCUGCAGAUCUAUGAAACCGAAUUCAUUCCUCCAAACCCUGCCUUGGGUGCUUGGGGGCCAACAAUUGAUUUGCCCCUGGUUCCCGUCGCUGGAGCCGUUGAUCCAAUCUCUGGCGCAGUGGUGACAUGGUCCGCCUGGGGACACGAAAUCUUCACUGGCAGUCCUGGUGGCGAGACACAGACUGCCACUUGGCACCCAAAGGAUCACUCUGUAACUCGGAGAGUUGUCGAAAAUACGCAACACGACAUGUUCUGUCCUGGUAUCUCGACCGACCAGAACGGUAAGAUCGUCGUCACUGGCGGAACAGAUCAAAGUCGGACCAGUAUUUACGACCCUACCGUUGCUCGUUGGUUCAAAGCAGCGGCCAUGAAUAUCGAUCGUGGCUACCAGGCAACGUCGACCCUAUCGGAUGGGCGCAUCUUCGUCAUUGGUGGUUCAUUCAGCGGCGGGGUUGGUGGUGGUUCGGAGGGCGAGAGUGGCGCUGCGCGUGGCAAGGACGGCGAGGUCUACGAUCCUGCAACCAAUCAGUGGAGUAGAAUCUAUGGCGCGCAAGCAUCAGCUAUGCUUACCGACGACGUUCGCACCUACCGACAAGAUAACCACGGCUGGAUAUUCGCCUGGACCAACGGCUCCGUUUUCCAAGCUGGCCCUAGCAAAGCGAUGAACUGGUAUGGUACAUCAGGGAAUGGCACCACCAAUUCUGCUGGAAGCCGCACUGGCGAUGAGGACGCCAUGUGCGGAAAUGCGGUCAUGUACGACAACGGCAAGAUUCUCACAUUCGGUGGCUCUCCCUGGUAUGAAGACAAACCUGCGACGACUAAUGCUGCCAUCAUCACAAUUGACCAGCCCGACAAGAAUCCGUCUGUCAAAAAGGCAGGUAACGGGAUGUUCUACAAGCGCACUUUCCAUUCCUCUGUUGUUUUACCAGAUGGCUCGGUGUUUGUUAAUGGUGGCCAGGAUGUCGGGCUUCCCUUCAAUGAAAGUGGCGCCCAUUUGACCCCAGAGCGAUUCAUUCCCGAUGCCAAUGGCGGCAAGUGGAUUAAACAGCAAAAGAACAGCGUCGUCCGUGUCUACCACAGUCUCUCGUUGUUGCUUCAGGAUGGCACAGUAUUCACAGGUGGUGGUGGUUUGUGUGGAGAUUGUGAUGCCAAUCAUUUCGACGGUCAAAUCUACACGCCCCCAUACCUCCUGAAAGAAGACGGAACUCUGAAGACUGACCGUCCUGUUAUCAAAAGCGUUUCACCAAACGAGGUCAAGGCUGGCGAUACCGUCGAAGUCACCACUGGUGGUGAUGUUGACGAAGGAGCGUCGAUCAUCCGUUAUGGCUCGGCGACACACACGGUGAACACUGAUCAGCGACGCAUCGGUGUUAAGUUGACGAAGGAUGGAUCUAAUAAAUACAAGUUCCAGAUUCCUGCGGAGGCAGGCAUUGCCCAGCCUGGGUAUUACAUGCUUUUUGUUCUGAAGAACGGGGUUCCCAGUCAUUCGGUGAAUGUUCGAGUAGCGGCUUGA